AUGGCGUCUGUGGGAACAUUACCUUCUUCUAUGGCUACAAAACAGAACAAUGCUUCUAUAUGCGCUGACAAACUACCUGAAGGGAUUAAUGAGAUGAAGAUUAAAGAUGAUAAGGAAAUGGAAGCAGCUGUGGUUGAUGGGAACGGAACUGAAACUGGUCACAUCAUCGUUACAACUAUUGGUGGUAAAAAUGGUCAGCCUAAACAGACCAUAAGUUACAUGGCAGAGCGUAUCGUUGGACAAGGUUCAUUUGGAAUUGUAUUCCAGGCAAAGUGUUUGGAAACGGGGGAAACUGUUGCAAUCAAGAAAGUUUUGCAAGACAAGAGAUACAAGAACCGUGAGCUGCAGACGAUGCGCCUUCUUGAUCACCCUAACGUCGUGUCCCUCAAGCAUUGCUUUUUCUCAACGACGGAGAAAGAUGAGCUGUAUCUCAACUUGGUCCUUGAAUACGUUCCUGAGACUGUCUAUCGCGUCUCAAAGCACUACAGUCGAGCAAAUCAGAGGAUGCCCAUGAUAUAUGUUAAACUCUAUACAUAUCAGAUUUGCAGGGCUUUGGCAUAUAUUCAUGGAGGAGUAGGAGUCUGCCACAGAGACAUAAAACCACAGAAUCUUCUGGUUAAUCCUCAUACACAUCAAGUCAAGCUCUGCGAUUUUGGUAGCGCAAAAGUUCUGGUCAAAGGCGAACCAAACAUCUCAUAUAUCUGCUCCCGUUACUACAGAGCACCUGAACUUAUAUUUGGAGCCACAGAAUAUACAACAGCUAUUGAUAUAUGGUCUGCAGGCUGUGUUCUUGCUGAAUUGCUCCUUGGACAGCCUCUAUUUCCAGGUGAGAGUGGAGUCGACCAGCUAGUCGAGAUUAUUAAGGUUCUUGGAACACCAACUCGAGAGGAGAUCAAAUGUAUGAAUCCAAACUACACUGAAUUCAAGUUCCCUCAGAUAAAAGCUCAUCCUUGGCACAAAAUAUUCCAUAAGCGUACACCUCCAGAAGCUGUAGACCUCGUCUCAAGACUUCUCCAGUAUUCUCCAAACCUCAGAUCAACGGCUAUGGAGGCAAUAGUUCACCCGUUUUUCGAUGAGCUACGUGAUCCCAGUACACGUCUACCUAAUGGUCGUCCCUUGCCUCCUCUCUUCAACUUUAAGCCUCAAGAGGUUAAAGGAGCAAGCGUAGAGUUGUUGUCCAAGCUUAUACCGGACCACGCCCGGAAACAAUGUUCCUUCCUCGGCCUUUAA